AUGGAGGUGUUUGUGUCUUCUGUUCAGGAGUGGGUGGCGUUGAGCGAGAUCGAGUGUGACGUGUGGAAAGUGCAGGUUGCAACGCAUCCCUCGGGGCACUUCGACACGAUCGACCCUGUGUCGAGGAAGAAACGGCCAGGCAAGGAGACCCAACUUGAGCUGGACAUGGUCAACUACUUCAGUCUCGGGAUCGAGUCACGAAUCGGGAUCGGUUUCGACCGAAAUCGUACGGAUAGCGCUUUACUCAACCGAGCCGCUUACGUCCUUGAAGGCCUCAAGAAACUUCUUUUCCAUCGCAGCCUAUACGUCAACGAAUGGAUCUCGCACAUCGACGUCCCUUGUGUCUCCUUGGUCAUGCUGAAUAUACCGUCCUUCGCUGGUGGAUUAGAUAUUUGGAAGUCGUCCGCUGGCAAGAGUGGACUGGAUCGACCCUUGCCGGGUUGGGAAGAUUGGGUUAAUCCACCGAGUCUUCCCUCCGCCGGCUCGGAGUGCCAACCCAUUCCCGAAAUAAAAUCAGGCAGUACUGAUCGUAGCCCUGACGGUCCCACACGAGCUGCCAACACGCCGCAUAGCGGGACCGGAGCUGAAUUAGUGUCUAGCGUCCCGGUGUCUAGCGUCCCGGUGUCUGGCGUCCCGGUGUCUAGCGUCCCGGUGUCUGGCGUUUCAGCGUCUGAUGUUCGAAUAUCUGACGCCUAUAUAGUUAGAAAGUUUAGUGACAAGAUUUGGAAUGCUCUUAUGGAGGGAGCCGUGGGUCAGUCCGUUAACCAGGCUGUCGGUGAGCAGAGAGUCAGCGAUGCCCGACUAGAAGUCGUAGCAUUUCGGUCUCUGUUGGAAUUGUCGUUAGCGAAUCUUCAACAUAUAGCACCCAACAUUUCCUCGGGAAUGAGAGUGACCCAAAGCGCUAAGCACGUUCUCAUCUCCUUCAAGAAACGACGGAGAGGCAGAAGAACUCCCCGAGUCUACUUCCAAGUCGAUGGGGAAUUUUACAUCGGACAUCGAAUCAAAGAGUACCCUUCCCCUACCCCUUCCUUCACCAUGCCGCCGCCCUCACCAUCUUCAUCCCCACAUCUCCCGUUACAGGAUCCAAAUAAACCACGCAAAACGAGUCAAAGUCUUAAUAAGUACGGAUCGUGCCGUCAUGAGAUAAUGCGACAAAGAUUUACUUCCAAGCUUUCUGCCAAACAAUACCCCAGACAGGGAUGGUCGGCCUUUUCUCUGUUAUGCUUGUAA